AUGUUGCAAUUGCAGGUUGAAAAGUUGCCUACUGCUACUGACAUGAUGUUGAGCCUCAAGGAGCUCUUUGGUGAGUCAGAUAGGGCUGCUCGAUUUGAGGCAAUGAGGAAGAUUAUGACUUCCUUCAUGCCAGAGGGAACUUCUGUGCGUGAGCAUGUUCUCAAGAUGAUGGAAAAUCUGAAUGAGAUAGAGCUGCUCGGGGGUCAAAUCGAUGCUGACACCAAGAUCGAUAUGAUCCUGCACUCACUCCCUAAGUCCUACGAGAAUUUCCGUCUCAACACAAUCCUGACCAAGAAGGACUAUACUUUAGCCGAGCUUCUUGUGGAUUUGGUUGCAGCGGAGGGACUCAUGGGUAGGACUCCACAGGCGCUGUUUUCUGCGCAGUCUGGACCUUCUUCGUCGAAAGGCGGGAAGAAGAAAAAGCCUGCCAAGAAAAAGGGUGCUGCAAAUACAAGACAGGACAUUGGAAAGCUGAUUGUCCCCUUCUGA